AAUAUAAUUAUGUACCGAUGUGUAAUGUAUGAUUAGUUUCAAAAUUAUAAGAGUCCAUGCAGUACAUUGUUAAUUGGGAGUAUCUUGUUUCAAUAAAAACUGACAUGUAAUAGUACAUAUCUCACGAUGUGGGAGUCUCAAUACUUUGACGUUCCCAAACAGGAUACUCUGGACUCUAUAUUUAGAGGAGCCACACAGCAAGUACUGAGUCUACCUCAAAACAGGGAGAGCUAGGUGGUUGAAUAAUUAUACAAGAGCAGUUGUGGAAAAUAACAGAAACAAAAAAGCAACAUCCGUUAAACGUUUUACAGGAAGUGAUGUCACAAUAAUGAAUAAUGAUAACCUCCCUCCCUCACUAGUGGUAAGGUGAUUUCCAAACCAGAAACAAGACAGUGACGAACACUGGCCUUACUAUGCAGUUUUUGCAACCCGAUCAGUUGAGAAAAAGUAAAGAAGCUGCCACUGCUUUUAGCUAAGUUCUGUUCCUUCUAGAGUGGACUACAUGCAGAUACACAUCUCACAUUUCAGUUCUAGGUGUGAAAGAGCGCUUGUUGACUAUUAAAAAAGUAGUGAAACAAAAAAGAGUGCAACAUCCAUUAAACAAUAUGCUGUCUAGAAGUAUUCUCAGCUGGUUAGUGCUACUGACCCUAGCUACUGUUACCAGGAGUGAGCACUAUCACAUUGUGCCAGUAGAUUCAACCGACUUGUGUCAUGGCUAUCGAAAUGGAACUUGUUUCACUCUGGAGCAGCUUGUUCAAACAGACCUGUUAUCUGGUGGAGACAAUCUCACCUUGAGCUUUCUACCUGGAGAUCAUGUGCUAACUGAGCAGCUAUUGAUUUGUAACUUCUCACAUGUGCAAAUCACUGGCCAGAACACAAGUACAGCUGUAGUUGGAUUCCAUAGCAAUGGUCGUUUUGUUAGUAUUACCAAUUUGAAUAUUGAACGCUUGGGUUUCGUUGGAGCGAAUGUUGGAUCACAAAACUCACAUCAAGGAUUGAUCAUUGACGGUGCCAAUGAUGUGUACAUCAAAGACUGCUACUUCUCGGACUUUGUAUUACUCAAUCAAGCGGAAAACCACCUCGUUAAGAUUGUUAAUACUCAAACUGCAACAAUUGAAAGCAUAUGGGUUAGGCAGCUCGGAUUCUAACCACUUCAACACAUUCAUGACUAAUAACACGGCUACCCAGUUGGGAGCAGAUAUCUACGGAGGUCUGUUGGACAGGUGUUCAAUAAGUCAAAGUGCUGAAUAUCACAUUUCUUCAAAUGGAUUGGACUACAUAAAUAACACCAUAAAAUCCUCCACCGAAUUAUCAAUCUCCUCUAGGCCUGUUCAGGUAAUUUUUUGCAACAAUGACUAUAGUUUUAUUUCUACAAGAAAGGGACACACAUUUAGAAUCAGUGUUAUGGCUGUUGACCAAGUUGGAAUUCCAACGAAUGCCACAAUUCAUAGUUCUGUUAUCACUACGAGUGGAGUUGGUCGUCUCAAAGAAGGACAGACAGAACAAGAAGUUGACAAUCAGUGCACAGAAUUAGAGUACAAGGUAUUUUCACAAGAUAGCUCUGCUCAGGUGGAACUCUAUGCCGUGGGUCCAUGCUACAAUUUAGGAAUUUCAAGACAAAAUAUAAAUAUUUCUUUUCAACCCUGCACAUGCGCUAUUGGACUCAAACCAAUUCAGUCCGAUAUUGAGUGCAAAUGUGACUGUGACUCAGACUUGCAACAAGGAUAUCAGAUAACAAACUGUUCUGAAAAAAAUGGAACCAUAAAGCUGGAAAGUAAUAACAAUAUAUGGAUAGAAGUCAUAAAUACGACCAAUGGAACAGGGUAUGUCGUUAGUAACUGUACAUUUGACUAUUGCGUGCAAAAACCAGUCAACAUCAGUCUAAGUAACCCUGAAAAACAGUGUGCUUACAAUCGAAGUGGUGUUUUGUGUGGAGAAUGUGAACCAGGACUGAGUCUCGUGUUGGCUACGUCAAGAUGUGAACGAUGCUCUGAUAAUUACCUUCUUCUACUAAUACCAUUUGCGCUGGCAGGCAUAUUGCUAGUUGCUUUAAUUCUCCUGCUCAAUAUCACUAUAGCAACUGGAAAUAUUCAUGGCCUCAUUCUUUACGCCAACAUAGUAGCUGCUAAUAGAGUAAUUUUCCUUCCUAGUUUAAACAACUUUUUAACAGUUUUUGUAUCAUGGGCGAAUCUUGACUUGGGAAUUGAGACAUGCUUUUACAAUGGAAUGAACUCUCAAGGGAAAGUGCUCCUUCAACUUGUCUUUCCCGCUUACAUGUUUCUUCUAAUGUUUUUUAUUAUCAUUUUAAGCAAAUAUUUUAACUCAUUUGCAAAGCUCCUCUCCAACAGGAAUCCAGUUGCUGCCUUAGGCACACUCGUCCUACUCUCUUACUCCAAACUCUUACGGUUUGUCAUCGCUGCACUGCAACACAGGGUCUUGGAUUAUCCUAAUGGUACAAGUGAUAUAGUUUGGCUCUACGACGGCAAUGUGCAAUAUUUCACUCGCGAUCACAUCCCUCGGUUUGUUGCUGCAGCCAUAAUCCUCAUUGUGGGUGGAUUGUUCACUGUACUGCUCUUCUUUGGACAAUGGUUUCCACGCUGUUCCAAGGUUAUGAUAUGGACCAAGAACACAAAGUACACUGGCUUCAUGGAUGCAUACCAUGCUCCAUUCACUCCCAAGCAUCGCUACUGGGUGGGACUGCUUCUCUUUGCUCUAAUUAUUCAUAAUCUAGUAGCUGCCAUGGCUCUCGAAACUUACCUCCCUAUUCUAUCAGCCGGGGUUCUGUCAGUUGGACUGAUUGUCUGGAAACUACUAAAUAAUCGUUUGUACAAAAGUAAGUUUUGUGAUUCCCUCGAAACUCUCUAUCUAUUCAAUGUUUUUAUUCUUUCAUUCGGCACCUCUUAUGUCAAAGAUACAAAUAAAGAUCAGUCAGCACUAGCCAAUAUUUCAAUGGCUAUAUCAUUCACCUUAUUUGUGACAACACUCUGCUAUCACUUUUACCAAUUCGUACUCAAGAAGAGUAAUACAUGGCUGAAGAUAGAAGACACCAUAAGAAACUUACGAGCUGGUGCUGCAGACAUGAGACUCCGACGAGCUAACAAUGGCCGGGAAAUGUAUCAGCCGGUAGCCUAUGAAAAUGAUGAAGAUAAAUUACUCGAAGCAGUAGACGACUAUGAACAAAGAGACGCCUUGAACCCACCUUACACUGAUAGAGCCGUGGAAGAAGCUGACCCUGACCGUUACAUCACUCCUCCCAUCAUCAGACCAGCCACAAGGCCGGACCAGCUGAGACUCUCCUACAUGGAUGAACUAGCCCCUCUCACCACAGAGGACUAUAGAAGACCAGCCCCUCCCCCUCCAAGAGUCAACCAUCGUUCUGCUGUUACACACACAGAAAUAGGCCCCAUACGCAAUGAAGUGUGAACUGUCUUAUUUAGCUGAAGUACCUUAUCAUGUAAAUAACAUUUGUAGGCAUUGUUAGUUCCAACAGUUAGUGUCGUUAGCACUUUUUAUGUCACUAUAGUUUAAAGAGAGAUAUGCUUUUUUGUAGAUUCUUGUAGAUUUAUUUUUUGUAGAGAUUUAAUGGCAUAUAUGAAUUGUUUCGAUUCACACAU